CGGAAUCCAGGCUUAGAAAUGAAAGAACAUGAUGAUUGCCAAUUUAGCAUCGAAAAGUUUUUAGGUAAAUGUUUCGAAUAUGCUGACCAAAUUUCGUAAUCCUUUCAUUACAUUUUUGGAAAAGAAUGACGGACGUUUGACGUCACAAUAUGUGGUGACGUUUUGCGCUUGCAUCUGUCAAUUCUCGAGCGGCCUCAGCUACUCUUGGAUCAUUCCCUCGCUGAACAAGGUGAUGUCCGACGAGUACCCCUUCAAGAUGAGCCCCGACGAGGCCUCAUACCUCGCCAUCAUGAACCAAAUUGGGUACGUGGUAGGGGCUGUGAUGUCCGCCCAUCUGAUGGACAUCCUCGGCAGGAAGUGGACGCUAGUGUGGACGUCCCUACCAAUGGUAGCUUCAUUCCUUAUGAUCUCUUUGUGCGACUACUCGAACAUUUUGCUCUACGUAGCUAGGGUGUUGGGAGGCAUAGGAGAAGCUUGCGCCACCGGUAUAGUAGGCAUCUACAUAGCAGAAAUAGCCUCCCCCGCCCACCGAGGAAUGCUGGUCAACUCCAUAAACAUAGCAUACAUCAUAUCGGCCAUACUCAUCUGCCUCUACGGCUACUACCUCAGCCUCCAAGCCGCAGCCUUGGUAUCACUAGCCUUCCCCAUUCUCUUCCUCCUGACCUUCACCAGCAUGCCAGAAUCUCCCUACUACCUCCUCAUGAAGAAGGACACCGAAGGAGCUCGCCGAAGCCUCAGAUUGCUCAGAAGAAAAGAAGACAUCGAGCUGGAGGCUAUUUCCCUCCAAGCUGACGUCGAUAGACAGAUGUCGGAGCGUGGGGGCUACAGAGAGCUGUUCACCAUCCCAGCCAAUCGCAGAGCGAUAUGCCUCAUGCUCUGCGUGAAGUUUUUGCAUUUGGGCACCGGCUUCAAUGCUAUAGGCGCCUAUGUGCAAGUUUUGCUCGAGCAGGAGAGAAUAUCGGCAGUGUGGGGCAUGUUCGUGAUCGGAGUCCUUUCUGCUGUUGUCUACAUCAGUGGGAAUUUCCUGCUGGACAAACUAGGCAGGAAGAAACUAGCUGUGAUAUCUUCGACAACCACAACGAUCUGUCUCUUAGGCAUCAGCGCGUUUUUUUUGUUGAGGGACUCUUUCCGUUUGGACCUGUCCAACCUCGCGUGGUUACUCUUCGUCUUGGUAGUUUGUUAUUACAUUUGCUUCAGCGGCAUGUCUACUGUCAUCAAUGUUUUCGCCACAGAACUGUUUUCGAAUAGCGUGAAAGCCGAAGGGACGGCUUUGAACAUGGUGAUCCAUGGUUUGGGGACCAUGGCCACUACGAAGUAUUAUCAAUUUGCCGGUGAUCAUAUAGCUUUGUUUGUGCCUUUUCUCACAUUUGGCCUUAUCACUUUGUUCGGUGUGUUCUUCUUCAUUUUCGUUAUGCCUGAGACGAAAGGAAAGACGUUGGAGGCUAUACAAGUGGAGCUGAAGAACAAAAAGUAGCUUAUCUUGAAUAUCCCGAAGGUUUGCCAUAGCAAACGAAGUGUAAAUGGGGUAGGGUAUUAUCUGAGACAAUUUCUUCCUGGACAAACUAGCCUGGAAAUAACUAGCUGUGAUAUCUUCGACAAC